AGAUGGGAUGAGAAAAGAUAAGUGUCCUGCACUGCAAAUGGCCUCCUGUUCAACAUUUAUUGUUUGCUAGUCUGGAGUCAGCUUUGGUGGAUGAAGAAGGUUGAUGACACUAAGAUGUUUGACAGAAUCAAACCAUCUGAUGAAGCUUCUGCUUCUUCAGCACAAGGAAUUGAAAGACAUGGUGUCGAAGGCUCUCUACAACAGGAGAGCAAUAGCAGUUUACACACAAGAGGGCAAGAACAUCCUCGGCCUGGAGUAUCCACUGUGCAAAAUAGACAAGGAUACUGCAAUUGUUGCCAUGUCCACUACAGCAAUCUGGAACAGCAUGUCUUCAGCUCCCAGCACAGACAUUUUACAACCUACUGUAGAAAUCGUAUGGGUACCAGUAGCUUGAUGGAGCGUUUCCUGCAAGAUGUUUUACACCAUCAUCCCUACAGAUACCAUGACAACAGACCAACCUAUGAUGACAUACCACUCUCUGUCACUCUAGAGGCUGCUAGAAUUGCUUGCCUAUCCACAGAAGAGAUGGAGAAAAAGAGGACUGAAGAUGAACAGGAGAUCUCCAGCAAAGACCAGGAGUCUGUUGGAGAAAUUGGCUCUUCUGCUCCAUGCCUGUCUCAUGAGGGCACAAAGAAAACUUCUGUAACACAAGCAUUUAUUCAAAAGCUAGAAAGAGGGCAGGAACAUGUAAGAAUAUCCCAGCGGUCUGUAGACAUUUGUAGUAAUGAGAAAUGGGAUACCCUGAAAGAUGCUCAAAUUGCAAAUCAUAGCCAUGAAGGCCAGUUUACAGCUCUGAGCCCAGUACCUCAGCGUUCUUCUGUCAGUCCUUUAAUCCAUAGUUCUUCUGUUAAUCCUAAAACAGGAAAAAAUGUUGGGAAUUUGGCAGCAUCAAAUCUGAUUCUACAUAGUGGAUGUGAUAAAACAGGAAUGGAGGUAUGCAGUAGUGAUGUGUUAUCGAACCCGUGCUUGAAUCCUGCUCCGGCACUGGUUCACCCCCAACACUGUUCGGUUUCUCAUCAGAAUCGUAUGUGCAGCCACAGCAAUUCUUUAUGUAUUAUCUCAGGUCAAUAUCUCUCAAAACGAGAUGGUUCACAAACUCAGGAUGAAACUUUGGUGUCUGAUUUCCAUCUCAGGGAUACUGUGGGUAUUAGCAGCUCCCUAGAUCUUGGGACAUCCCCACAACUAGCAAGAUGCAAAAAAGUGAAGAUGAACAGAGGUGAUGAAAGUUCAGUGGAUGAAACUAUUGAAGAUGUUAUUUUGAAAUACUGCCAUGGAACUACAUCUGAAGAAAUCUAUUUCAAAGAGGAGGAUAAUACCUCGUUAGCUUUUUCAUCACUUCUGGACCAUAUUAAUUUAGAGGGUUCUGAAAUGAGUUUUGACUGUGAUGUACCUAUUCAGGCAGGAACAGACUUACCCAAGGCAGCUAUAAAAGAUCUAGAAUUCCUAAAAACAGUCCAGAUAAGUUUGCAAGAUAAAGACUAUGGAACACAGCUCUCUUCUGUUUUAAAAAGUGAGUCCGUAGAGAAAACGGAAACAGUGAAACAGGAAGUCGUCAAUACUGAAGAACCAGUUCUUCCAGCUCUGCCUCAUGUGCCUCCUUCUUUUGUGGGAAAGACUUGGUCUCAAAUAAUGUAUGAAGAUGAUCUAAAAAUUGAAGAACUU